AUGCAUCAGCGAUGCACCAGAAUCUUGAGUGUUCGGGAGAAUAGUCAUGCAGUGUCCACAGCCUCAAAGGCUCUCCUUAGACAAAGACGAUGUGGGCAAUCUUUAGAUCUCCUUGCAAAGUCUAGAGAUCAAUGAAAUGGGUCGUCAACUCAUCUCUGACAGUUGUCACCUGGUGGAGUGGAAAAAUGGCAACUUUGCGGCUCUCUAGCGGUUGUCACUAAUAGAGAGGAGCCAGAUGGAGGUGGGGCGCAUGCUAGGGAGCUUCAUCCUUAGGUCCGCAUAGCAAGAGGAGGCUCUUCAUCGCAUCUGGUAUGCUCUCAAGAGGUGGUGACUUGUCUCCCAAUGGAUCGUCCUUUUCCCGAUGAUGGCUUGUUCGUCGAUCAAUUGGAGAUGCUUUACUCGAUGAAUUUGCGAUCCUUUUAUCGCGAAUCGUUCAGUAAUUUUAGUAAUAAUACUCCACGAAUCACAUUAAUGAGAUUUUCGUUGAUGAUUUAGUGAUUUUGGUUGCUUAAUCCUUCACCGGUGAUCUACAUAAAAGUCACGAUAAUCAGAUUAAAAAAAAAAUGAGUUUUGGCUUUAGAAAGAUUCAAACCUAUGCUGAUUGCCCUACUCUUUUUCGAGAAGGUGAUGAGGGUUUAGUCCCACAUUGGUUGUGCGUUGAAGUUUCUGGUGAAUAUAAAGUAAUAUUACAUUCUCGAUCAAGUCCUUUUCUUGUGCGUGUACGACCCCUCCUUGCCCCACAGUUGGUUGGCCACUAGUGACAUAGAAGGGGAGUGGCACACACGUGCCCCCAUUGGUUCAAGUCGCUCAAGCUCCUACUCACGGCUCCUGCUCAAUUGCACUUUUGACCCGCUUGUGGGCCCGACUGGUCAGCAGGUUCCCCCCAUUUUAUUAUAUUUUUAUUUUAAUUUCUUUUCCUUUAUUUAUCUCAAAAGUAAGAUUGUAAAAAUCAUAUAAAAUCACAUAAUUAUCCAAAAAUUCACGUUAAUCAACUAAAAACCACUUUUCACACUUUAACACAAAUAUAAGUCUAUUUAUCAUGAGUUAAGGCUAAAACUAUAUUAUUUAAUAAUUAUUAACUCAUGAUAAUGAAGACUUACCAAUGUGCACUUGUUGUUAUGUUUAAAUACCCAUUAUUUAAUAAUAUUUAUAACUAAAACUUAAUAAAAUAUUAGUAUAGAAGUAAGUCUCAAGUUGAAUAUUGGGAGAUUAAUUAAUCCAUCAUGAGAAUCAAUUUAGUUUAUAUAUAAAGUGAUUUUAAUAUUUUAUCAAUAUUUAAUGGAAAUAAUAAAAUAGAAGGGUGAGGUGAAAAGAAUAAAGGAUGGAAAGUAGAGAAAGGAAGGAGGAAAAGAGAGAGAGAAGAAAGAGCUCUCAUGAAGGAUGAGAUAAGAGAUCUCUUGCGAAAGGGAGGGAAUGAGAGAGAAAGAGAGAAAAAGAGAAGAGAGAAAUCUCAUGUGAGAUGGAUAGACAGAAAGGUCUCAGGAGAGGGAGAGGGAGAGAGAAGGAGAUCAAUCAAGAGAGAGAAAGAGAAGGAGAAUGAUUGAGAGAGAGGGAGAGAAAGUGAGAGAUCUCAUGAGAGAUAGAGAGAGAGGGAGAGAAAGUGAGAGAUCUCAUGAGAGAUAGAGAGAGAAGAAGUGGUCUCAUGAGAGAAGGAGAGAGAGAAAUAAGAUAAUAAUAAAGAAAGAGAGAAAUAUAGUCAACUCAUUUUCAUGGUGACUAUCAUUCUUGGAUGAUUGUGUGCUUGAGAAUUCACAUGCAUGAUAUAAGGUCAGUCAUGAAUAUCUCCAAUUUAUUUUGAUUGUUAAACAUUCAUUAAUCAGUCUUUAAUCUUAGUGAUUUUCUUUCAAAGAUAGAAAGUAUUUGUUAUUCAUGGAACAUUAGUGGUGUGCACUUGUCGUUGUGUUAAAUACACAUUAUCUAUAUUUAUAACUAAAACUUAAUAAAAUAUUAGUAUAGAAGUAAGUCUCAGGUCAAACACAAAAAGAUUAACUAAUAUGUUGUGAAAACUAACUUAGUUUAUAUGUAUAUAGUGAUUUUAAUAUUUUAUUAAUAUUUAACAAAAAUAAUAAAAUAGAAGGGUCAGAUGAGAAGAAUAAAGGAAAGAAAAUGGAGAAAAGGAAAGAGGAAAAUGAAGAAAGAGAGAAAUAUGGUCAACCUAUUUUCUUGGAUGAAUGUGUGCUUGAGGAUUCACACACAUUACAUAAGGUCAGCCGUGAAUGUCUAUAACUUGUUUUAACCAUUGAAUGCUCAUUAAUCAGCCCUUAAUCUUAGUGAUUUCACAUUCAACAAUAGAAAUAUACUCAUUAUUUGCGGAAUGCCGAGAACAUGAAUAUGUUGAGAUUCAACAAUGAAAAUUAAUAGAAAAUAAGUUUGAAACAAUCUUAACUUAAUUUCAGACAAGUUUUAGAGGAUUCAAAAGAAGAAUGAAGAUCAUUCAUUAAGUUUUGAAUUAGUUCUACUCAUUUCAUUGAAACAUGCAUGUAACAAAAAUAACUUGCUAUAAAAUGUAAAUAAAUGAUAAAAGCAGGUAAGUAAAUGCUAAAAGUAGGAAAUAAAUCAUUACUGAAGUUGUCACCCUCUUGGGCAACUAGAGACACUAGUGUGGUGGCUUGGUUUUGUCCGAACAUGCCACACCACAUUAGAAGUCAUAGAAAUAUCAUCUAGAAGUGCUACACUACUUGCUAGAGAGAUCUACUAGAAGAGGGGUCAACUGUGCUGUCACCAUCGUCUAAUGGGAGAAGGGAAGAGUUGACUACUGACGUGACUCAGUCAUUGUAUAUUAAAUCAUGUAAAUAUAAAAUUUAUAAAACUAGAAAAUAUGAAUUUUUAGAUAUUUAGAAGUAUUUUUGAAUAAAUAUAUCAAUUAUAAUUCAAUAAAACUUCUAAAAAUAGUGGUAAUUUUCUAGGUCAACCACAAGGAUGUAAUAUAAUAUCUGGUAAUUAUUCAGAAUUUUCCUCAGAGAAUACUAUUUUAUAUAAAUUUUAUACUAAGAAAUAAAAAGGAAAUAUAUUUAAAAUUCAUGAAAAAAGGAAAUAAGGGUGCAGGCAUCAAGAUGACAUCAACGCUCGGUGAACGUGAAUCAAGCGGAAACAGAGUUCCGCCCGGCGAUUCUUACCUAAGCAAUUACAUACAAUUUAAUUGAUUAAAUUAAGAUCUAUAAAAGUUAGAAGAAUCGUAAUUGAACGAAGUAUAUUUUGGUAAAUUAAAAUCACACAAAGUAUCACUAAAUGAAGCAUAAAUUAAGUUGAAAGUAGGAAAAUAGAGUUCCAACGUCGUGAUGGUGAUGCGUCGGCAAUGCACCGGAAUCCUGAGCAUUCGAGAGGAUUGUUAUAUAGUGUCCACGGCCUCAAAGGCUCUCUUGGACAAAGAUGACGUGGGCAAUCUCUAGAUCUUAUCGUGAAGUCUAGAGAUCACUGAAAUGGGUCGUCGAGUCGUCUCUGGUGGCUGUCACCCGACAGAGUGGAAAAACGGUGACUUUGCGGCUCUCUGGUGGCUGUCACCCGACGGAGAGGAGUUGGAUGGAGGUGGGGCGCAUGUUAGGGAGCUUCAUCCUCAAGUCCGCGCAGCAAGAGGAGGCUCUUCAUUACAUCUGGUAUGCUCUUAGGAGGUGGCAACUCGUCUCCCAGCGGAUCGUCCUCUUCUCAACGAUGGCUUGUUUGUCGAUCAAUCGGAGAUGAUUUACUCGAUGGAUUUGUGAUCCUUUUAUCGCGAAUCCUUCAGCAAUUUUAGUAGCAAUGCUCCGUGAAUCGCAUUGACAAGAUCCAACAAUUCUUGUUGCUUAAUCCUUCACCUGUGAUUUGUAGGAAAGUCACGAUAAUCAAAUACAAAUAUAUGACUUUUGACUCUAAAAGGACUCGAACCCAUGCCAGUCGUCCCCCUCUUCUGAGGAAGGUGUGACGGGGGUUUAGUUCCACAUCAGUUGUGCGCUGAUUUUUUGGGUGAAUAUAUACUAAUGUUAGCUUUGUAAGCAAAGUCCCUUCUCUCACAUGUACGACCACUCCUUGCCCCACAAUUGGCUGGCCACCGGUGACGUGGAAGGGGAGUGGUGCACACGUGCCUCUAUUGGUUCAAGCCGCUUGAGCCCCUACUCACGGCUACUCCCUAACUGAGCUUCCGACCCGCUUGCAGGCUCGGUUGGCCGGCAGGUCCCCCCAUUUUACAAUAUUUUUAUUUCUAUUUCUUGUUCUUCAUUUAUCUAAAAAGUAAGACUAUAAACAUCGUAUAAAAUCACAUAAUUACCCAAAAAUUCAUGUUAAUCAACUAAAAACCACUUUUCACACUUUAACAAUAAUAUAAGUCUAUUUACCAUGAGUUAAGACUAAAACUAUAUUAUUUACUAAUUAUUAACUCAUAAUAAUGAAGACUUAUCAACUACUCACUAGAGGCCUUUAGUGCAGUUGGGGAGGAAGGAAUGAGCUUGUUGAUCGUCGAAGACAUUGAUUGCAUGAAAAGAGGGAAGAAUGAAUUGUUGUCUUUGCAACUACUGUCAAGAUUUUAAAGAUAAUCAAUAAUGUCUAGUUUAUUAAAUAAUAAUUGAUAAUUGUCUUUAUAUCCAUAGUGAUGAUAUGUGUGAGAAAAGUCCCUAGUAAUGUGGCGCCGCCUUAGCUGUGAGAUCAUCAUUUAAGGCCACAUGUAUGCUGAGCGGCAUCAAAUUUGCAAAGUGCUGAUGGAUUGCUUAAUGCUUUUGGGAUCGUGACAGUUCACUAGCUGCAGGAUUUGACUUAUUUGAUGACGUGGCUUGCUGAACACUAUUGGAUCAAACUGCAUUCCAAAUGGCUACCUUGAAACACACGAGAAGGUUUAGUCCCACAUUGAAAGUUUUUCAUCAUUUAAGCUGAAUAUAAAUCAAGUUACUCUCUCUUAGUAGAGAUCCCUUUUCCCAAAAUAAAAUAAUGCCUAGAACCAUCUUGGGAGAAGGUAAAAAGGUGGUCCACCCUCAUGCACACACAUAUGUACGACACUCCUUGCUCUAUGAUCAGCUUGGCCACCAGGCAACUUGCUAACACAUAUGGUAGGGGGAAUGACACACAAGUGCACGAAGCAAGUCUCUCGCCACUCGAGCCCAACUUGUGACUCCCCUAGUUUUGGUCUACCCACUCAACUAUAGUGCUGCCCCUCUAGGUCAGCUCCCGAGUGCUGGCUUGCUAGUGGGUAGUGAUAUUUUUCUAUUUUAGUCUUUUAUUUUUCUAAAUAAUCAAAAAAUAUGCUAAAUAUUUAACUUCAGAUUUCUAAAUUGACAAUUUAUCUCUAUAUUUAUUAUGUAAGUUAAAAAACUAAAAUAAAAUAAUUUAAAUAAUGAAAAUAGAAAAUCUUGCUUUAAUAGAGUGGCACAUGUAUGUGUAUGUUGCUGCAUGCAACGUGAUGCCAAUGCACAAGGGAAUAUGGCAUGGAGUGGAAAGGCUUGAACAGCAAGUGCAACUAGGGGAAGGUGGGGGGGACAUACUUUGCUUUGUGAAAGUGUCUAGAGAUAGAUAGUGAUGGCGAGCGGGACCUGUCUCCAUCAGCUCAAGAGACACUGACAGUCUGAGUUCAGCCCGAUCGAUGCAUGAAGACGAAGGAGCCUAGCUUUCGCUACACAGCCUACCCCUUUGGGACAAUGACAUUCCACCUUCGCAACGAAGAUGAGCUCAAGCUCACCCGUAUCUUUCUUUGUACUUUCAAGUUGACUUGUUGGGCCUCGCAUUUGUGAGUUAGUGGGCCUAAUUUUAUGUGUGUGUUGUUGUUUGUGUCUCCCUUUCUUUAGGGUUUUAUCGAGUCUCUCUUUUGAGGCCCAAUUAAAACCCUAAGGGGGAGGGGACCUAUGUGUCUUUCCUUUGGGGCCUUUUUUGGGGCUUAUUUGGGUCUUCAUUUGAGGCCCACUUAAGCACCAUAAGAGGGCCCUCCUCUUUCCCCUUUUAGGGGAGCUUAUUGGGUCUCUCUUUAAGAGGCCCAAGAAGCCCCUUUUGUAGCCUUUUGUGGCUUAUGGGCUUGAGGGCCUCAAGUGGGCCCACCUCCCCUUAGCCCACUUUUGGGCCCCUGAUGUGACUCAGUCAUUGUAUUUUAAAUCACGCAAAUAUAAAAUUUAUAAAACUAGAAAAUAUGAAUUUUUGGAUAUUUAGAAGUAUUUCCAAAUAAAUAUAUCAAUUAUAAUUCAAUAAAAAUUCCAAAAAUAGCGAUAAUUUUCUGGGUCGAUCACAGGGAUGUAAUAUAGUAUCUGGUAAUUAUUCAGAAUUUUUCUCAAUGAAUACGAUUUUCUUACGAAUUUUAUACUAGGAAAUAAAAAGGAAAUAUAUUUAAAAUUCACGAAAAAAAGGAAAUAAGGGUGCGGAUGUCAAGAUGAUGUCAGCACUCGACAAACGCAAAUCAGGUGGAAAUAGAGUUCCGCCUGACGAUUCUUACGUAAGCAAUUAUAGAUGACUUAAUUAAUCAAAUUAAGAUCUGUAAAAGCCGGAAGAAUCGUAAUUGAACGAAGUAUAGUUUGGUAAAUUAAAAUCACACAAAGUAUCACUAAAUGAAGCGUAAAUUAAAUUGAAAGCAGGAAAAUAGAGUUCUAAUGUCGCGAUGGUGAUGCGUUGGCGAUGCACCGGAAUCCUAAGUGUUCGGGAGGAUCGUCAUGUAGUGUCCACGGCCUCGAAGGCUCUCCUUGGACAAAGAUGACGUGGGCAAUCUCUAGAUCUUCUCGCGAAGUCUAGAGAUCAAUGAAGUGGGUCGUCGAAUCGUCUCCAGCGGCUGUCACCCGGCAAAGCGGAAAAAUGGCGACUUUACGGCUCUCCGGCAGCUGUCACCCGACAGAGAGGAGCUGGAUGGAGGUGGGGUGCGUGUCAGGGAGCUUCAUCCUCAGGUCCACGCAGCAAGAAGAGGCUCUUCAUCGUAUCUGGUACGCUCUCAAGAGGUGGUGACUCGUCUCCUGGCUGAUCAUCCUCUUCUCGAUGACGGCUUGUUUGUCGAUCAAUCGGAGAUGAUUUACUCGAUGGAUUUGCGAUCCUUUAAUCGCGAAUCGUUCAAUAAUUUUAGUAGCAAUACUCCGCGAAUCGCGUUGACGAGAUUUUUGCCGAUGAUCUAGCGAUUCUCGUUGUUUAAUCCUUCACUAGCGAUCUGCAGGAAAGUCGCGAUAAUUAGAUAAAAAUAUAUGAAUUUUGACUAUGGAAGGAUUCAAACCCGCGUCGGUCGCUCGCUUGUGAGGAAGGUGUAAUGCGGGUUUAGUCCCACAUUAGUUGUGCGCCGAUUUUUCAGGCGAAUAUAUAGUAAUGUUAACUUUGUAAGCAAAGUCCCUUCUCUCGCAUGUACGACCACUCCUUGCCCCACAGCCGGCUGGCCACCGGCGACGUGGAAGGGGAGUGGCGCACACGUGCCCCUAUCGGUCUAAGCUAAGCCGCUUGAGCCCCUACUCACGGCUACUCCCCGAAAGCACUUCCGACCUGCUUGCGGGCCCAAUUGGCCAGUGGGUCCCCCCAUUUUGCAAUAUUUUUUAUUUUUAUUUCUUGUUCUUCAUUUAUCUCAAAGGUAAGACUAUAAAAAUUAUAUAAAAUCACAUAAUUACUCAAAAAUUCACGUUAAUCAAUUGAAAAAUAAAAAUCAUUCUUUAACACAAAUAUAAGUCUAUUUAUCAUGAGUUAAGGCUAAAACUAUAUUAUUUACUAAUUACUAACUCAUGAUAAUGAAGACUUAUCAGCCCCAUAUAAAGGGGAGGUAGGACCCCCCCUCAAGAGGGUGCCAUAUUUUUGAGAGAGAUUAUCAUUUUGUGAGUACCUUCUCUGUGAUCUAGGAUAGGGAGGGAAGGAGGAAGAAGAAGACCGUCGAUACCCCCCUUGAAGGACUUCGUUCCUCAUGACAUUGCUGCAUGAUAAGUCCCGCUGCCCCCUAAGAUCACUGCCGCUGCCGGCCAUCUCAGUGCCGCACAGGAGUUCGUCGCCGUCACCGAACAAAAUGGUCGCAGUUGCCACUGCAAUUGCCGUUGCCUCUGCUAGAACCUCGUCACGCCAUCGUGACGAAAGGGGCUCGCUUUGCCUCCCUACGAACCGUCAUCGAGCACUCCGCCGGAGUCUCUCGAGUCUUGGUUUGUCUGCCACCUCUUCCUCCAGAACUCCACCAUAAACUUGCCGAAGCUGCCCUCCGCUGCUCCGCCCUAUCGCUGGCCGUUCACCGAUGAACGCCUACCUGCUGCCGAUGUCAAGAGAGACCUUGCAGCCAUGCCAAUGAGCCAGAACUAGUCUCAGCUCCUCACAAGCCCCCACCGGAGUUUCCCGACACUUUGCCGCUGUUGCACCAUUUCUUGCGCCGCUUAGACCAUGAGAGCUCAACCUUCCGUGGUAUCGUCGGCCAGAUCAUCUCCUCUCUGCUCUACUUCCCAGCACUGCUAGAGAGGCUGAUCCUUCUAGCGACGGUUGGGUUUCCGCCCCAACCGCUGAUGUGACUCAGUCGUUGUAUAUUAAAUCACGCAAAUAUAAAAUUUAUAAAACUAGAAAAUAUGAAUUUUCAGAUAUUUAGAAGUAUUUCUAAAUAAAUAUAUCAAUUAUAAUUCAAUACAAAUUCCAAAAAUAGCGGUAAUUUUCCAAGUCGAUCAUAGAGAUGUAAUAUAAUAUCUGGUAAUUAUUCAGAAUUUUUCUCAAUGAAUACAAUUUUCUUACGAAUUUUAUACUAGGAAAUAAAAAGGAAAUAUAUUUAAAAUUCACGAAAAAAAAGGAAAUAAGGGUGCGGGUGUCAAGAUGAUGUCAGCGCCUGGCGAACGCGAAUCAGGCAGAAAUAGAGUUCCGCCCGAUGAUUCUUACGUAAGCGAUUACAUACGACUUACUUAAUCAAAUUAAGAUCUGUAAAAGCUGAAAGAAUCGUAAUUGAACGAAGUAUAGUUUGGUAAAUUAAAAUCACACAAAGUAUCACUAAAUGAAGCAUAAAUUAAAUUGAAAGUAGGAAAACAGAGUUCCGGCGUCGCGAUGGCGAUGCAUCGGCAAUGCAUCGGAAUCCUGAGCGUUCGGGAGGAUCGUCGUGUAGUGUCCACGGCCUCAAAGGCUCUCCUUGGACAAAGACGACGUGGGCAAUCUCUAGAUCUUCUCGCGAAGUCUAGAGAUCAAUGAAGUGGGUCGUCGAAUCGUCUCCAGCGGCUGUCACCCGACGGAGCGGAAAAACGGCGACUUUGCGGCUCUCCGGCGGCUGUCACCCUACGGAGAGGCACUAGAUGGAGGUGGGGUGUGUCUUAGGGAGCUUCAUCCUCAAGUCCGCACAGCAAGAGGAGGCUCUUCAUCGCAUCUGGUACGCUCUCAGGAGGUGGCGACUGGUCUCUCGGCGGAUCGUCCUCUUCCCGAUGAUGGCUUGUUCGUCGAUCAAUUGGAGAUGAUUUUCUCGAUGGAUUCGCGAUCCUUUUAUCGCGAAUCGUUCAGCAAUUUUAGUAGCAAUGCUCCGCGAAUCGCGUUGACGAGGUUUUUGCCGAUGAUCCAGCAAUUCUCAUUGCUUAAUCCUUCACCGGCGAUGACGUGACUCAGUCGUUGUAUAUUAAAUCACGCAAAUAUAAAAUUUAUAAAACUAGAAAAUACGAAUUUUUGGAUAUUUAGAAGUAUUUCUAAAUAAAUAUAUCAAUUAUAAUUCAAUAAAAUCCAAAAAUAGCGGUAAUUUUCCAGGUCGAUCACAGGGAUGUAAUAUAAUAUCUGGUAAUUAUUCAGAAUUUUUCUCAAUGAGUACGAUUUUCUUACGAAUUUUAUACUAGGAAAUAAAAAGGAAAUAUAUUUAAAAUUCACGAAAAAAAGGAAAUAAGGGUGCGGGCGUCAGGAUGACGUCAGCGCCAGGCGAACGCGAAUCAGGCGGAAACAGAGUUCCGCCCGGUGAUUCUUACGUAAGCGAUUACAGACGACUUAAUUAAUCAAAUUAAGAUCUGUAAAAGCCGGAAGAAUCGUAAUUUAACGAAGUAUAGUUUGGUAAAUUAAAAAUCACACAAAGUAUCACUAAAUAAAGCGUAAAUUAAAUUGAAAGCAGGAAAACAGAGUUCCGGCGUCGCGACGGCGAUGCGUCGGCGAUGCACCGGAAUCCUGAGCGUUCGGGAGGAUCGUCAUGUAGUGUCCACGGCCUCGAAGGCUCUCCUUGGACAAAGACGACGUGGGCAAUCUCUAGAUAAAGCAGGAAAACAAAGUUCCGGCGUCGCGACGGCGACGCGUCGGCGAUGCACCGGAAUCCUGAGCGUUCGGGAGGAUCGUCGUGCAGUGUCCACGGCCUCGAAGGCUCUCCUUGGACAAAGACGACGUGGGAAAUCUCUAGAUAAAGCAGGAAAACAGAGUUCCGGCGUCGCGACGGCGACGCGUCGGCGAUGCACCGGAAUCCUGAGCGUUCGGGAGGGUCGUCGUGCAGUGUCCACGGCCUCGAAGGCUCUCCUUGGACAAAGACGACGUGGGCAAUCUCUAGAUCUUCUCGCGAAGUCUAG